AUGGCCCGCACCAAGCAGACCGCCCGUAAGUCCACCGGUGGCAAGGCUCCCCGCAAGCAGCUUGCUUCCAAGGCCGCCCGCAAGAGCGCCCCCUCCACCGGAGGUGUCAAGAAGCCUCACCGCUACAAGCCUGGUACCGUCGCUCUCCGUGAGAUCCGUCGCUACCAGAAGUCCACCGAGCUUCUGAUCCGCAAGCUCCCCUUCCAGCGUCUGGUUCGUGAGAUUGCCCAGGACUUCAAGUCCGAUCUCCGCUUCCAGUCUUCCGCCAUCGGUGCCCUUCAGGAGUCCGUCGAGUCUUACCUCGUCUCUCUCUUUGAGGACACCAACCUCUGCGCCAUUCACGCCAAGCGCGUCACCAUCCAGUCCAAGGACAUCCAGCUCGCCCGCCGCCUCCGCGGUGAGCGUAACUAA